AUGAGGUCAAAAGACUUGGCUUUUAUCAUCUUAUUAAUCCUACCUGGAGAACUCAAUGCAGAAGAGAAACCAUGUGAUCUUCCUCAUUUGAAAAAUGGAAAUUUUGCCCUAUUUUACUAUACUUUUAAAAAUUACUACUUUCCAAUGAGCAUAGGUAAAAAAAUACCAUAUUCCUGCCUCCCUGGUUAUACAACCAAAACUGGUAAACAAGAGGAGCAAACCACGUGCACAGCAGGAGGCUGGUUUCCAGAGCCAAGUUGCUUCAAAAAAUGCGCUAAGCCUGACUUAAGAAAUGGUUACAUUGUUGAUGCAAAAUCAUUGUACAAAUUUCAAGAGAGUAUGCGCUAUGGAUGUGCAUCAGGGUACAAAACCACUGGCGGUCAGGAUGAAGAAGUGGUUCAGUGUCUCCCUGAUGGAUGGUCUUCUCAACCCACCUGCAGGAAGGAGCAUGAAACAUGUUUGGCUCCUAUCUUACAACAUGGAAAUUAUUCCACAACUCAGAAAAUAUUUCAAGUGAAGGACAAAUUACAAUAUGAAUGUUCUACUGGCUACUACACAGCUGGAGGGAAGAAUACAGAAGAAGUAGAAUGUCACACGCAUGGAUGGUCUCUCAUACCAAAAUGUACCAAGUUAAGAUGCCCUUCUUUAAGAUUAAUAGAAAAUGGUUAUUUUCAUCCUAUUAAGCAAACCUAUGAGGAAGGAGAUGUAGUUCAAUAUUUCUGUCAUGAAAAUUAUCACCUAAGUGGCUCAGAUUUAAUUCAGUGCUAUAACUUUGGUUGGUACCCAGAAUCUCCUAUUUGUGAAGGAAGAGGAAAUCGAUGUCCUCCUCCCCCUCUUCCUCUAAACUCCAGGAUUCAAACAUAUUCCACAACUUAUCAUCAUGGAGAAAUAGUUCGUGUAGAAUGUGAACUUAAUUUUGAGAUACAAGGCUCCAAAGAAAUACGUUGUGAGAAUGGAAAGUGGACAGAACCUCCAAAAUGUGUUGAAGAAAAGGAGAAGAUAGCCUGUGAGGAACCACCCUUCAUUAGGAAUGGGGCAGCAAACCUAAACUCCAAAAUUUACUACAGUGGGGAUAAAGUGACAUAUGGAUGUGAACAUGGCUAUUAUCUCCGUGGAGCAAAAGAAAUCACUUGUAAACGUGGAAAAUGGACACUUGCCCCUCAGUGUGUUGAGAGUAAUGAAAAUUGUAAUCCUCCACCUAAUGUAGCAAAUGGGGCUGUUGUUGAUGGAUUAUUGCCAAGUUACAAGUCCGGAUCUUCAGUAGAAUAUAGAUGCAAUGAAUAUUACUUAUUGAAUGGAACAAAAAUUUCUCAUUGUGAACAAGGAAAAUGGUCAUCCCCACCAGUCUGUUUAGAGCCAUGUACUGUUAAUGUGGACAACAUGAACAGAAAUAACAUAGAGAUGAAAUGGAAAUACGAAGGAAAGGUCUUACAUGGAGAUCUAAUAGAUUUUGUAUGUAAACAAGGAUAUGAUUUAGCUCCAUCAACAUCACUGGCUGUCUUGUCUGUACAGUGUAAUAGAGGGGAAGUAAAAUAUCCUUUAUGUUUUAGAAAAGAAUCUAAAGGAAUAUGUGCACCUCCUCCUCUUAUUAAAAAUGGAGUUAUUGUUAGUUCAAUAGUAGGCACCUAUGAAAAUGGUUCCUCAGUAGAAUACAGAUGUUUUGAUCACCAUUUUCUACAAGGGUCUAGGGAGUCCUAUUGUUUAGAUGGAUUGUGGAGUACACCACCUUCCUGUUUAGAGCCUUGCACAUUAUCUUUUGAUAAAAUGGAAGAUAAUAAUUUACUCUUGAAAUGGAAUUUUGACAAUAGACCACAUAUUUUCCAUGGCGAGUAUAUUGAGUUUCGCUGUAAGAGACAUUCUUAUAUAGCUGAGAAAUCUACUAUGAGAACUGAACUUAGAGUGCAAUGUGAAAGAGGGCAGUUAAAAUACCCAAGAUGUAUUGAAAGACAAAGGAUGUUGUCUUUUCAGGAACCCUUGAGGACAUAA